AUGAGGUCGCCGUGGGCCGCUGCGGUCCUUCUGCUGGAGCUCAGUGCUGUGCGCUCGUGUGUUCACCACCAGGUGCUCGACACGAAGAGCGUCACGUCGCCGCAAACUUAUUCCCGCCUCCGCGGCAACGACCACCGCCGGCUCCAAGACGCCGUGUACAAGCCACUCCGGCUGCAAACAUACUUUGACAAUGCGACGUUGUCGCAGCUCAGCGCAGCCAACCAAGUGUUCCUGACGCAGUUCCUCGUCCCUGCUGCGGUCGCAUUCUGGUCGCAAGCUCUCCACGUCGUGCCGGUCGCCAACGGCCUCGCCGCGACGCGCACGUGCACGAGCGUCUCCAGCGCGGGCUGCGUCUCGGUGCAAGCGAACCAGCUCUGCGUCGACAUGCCGAUCCCCGAAGCCCACUUUGCACCGACGCCGCUCUGCGACGCGAGCAGUGGCGUCUGUUCGGUGUUGGGCGAGAAGAACACGCCGCUUCUCAACACGGACAUGCUGCUGUACGUGCGCGCGGCGACAACGACCAACUGCGCGAGCAACGUGCUUGCGUACGCGACGUCGUGCCAGCGCGACCAGCUCGACCGCCCGAUCUUUGGCAUGAUCAACUUUUGCCCCAACUUUAUCAACCCGGCCCAGCGCGCGGGCCCGAUCUUCAACCAGCAGCUCACGACAGCCAUGCACGAGAUGGCGCACGCGCUUGGCUUCUCGGCGGCGUCGUACCCGCUCAUGCGGCUGCCGGACGGUACGCCGCGCACGCCGCGCACCACCGGCGGUCGUACCGGCCCGACGGUGCCGAUGCCGGGUGUCUGCAACGGCGCGACGACGACGACGACCAGCACCGCCUUUCCGAGCAGCUCGACGAUCAUCUACCGGACGCUGCGCGGUCGGUCGGUCGCGACGAUGGUGACGCCGGCCGUCGCGCGGUUUGCCCAGCAGUUUUUCAACUGCUCUAGCGUACCGGGCGCCGACCUCGAGAACAACGACCCGGCCUGCCUCGGGUCGCACUGGGAAGAGCGGCUCUUUCCGCUCGAGAGCAUGUCGCCAGUCCUCAACUACAACGGCAAUGCGUUUACAGCAUUGACGCUCGCGUUCUUUGAAGACUCGGGGUGGUACCAGCCCAACUACGCGAUGGCGACGCCGCUGUACACGGGCAUGAACCAAGGCUGCUCGUACACCACCGCGCCGUGUCUCGCCAAGGGCGUCGCGGUCGACAAUGAUCUAUUUUGUGCGAGCAUGACCGAAGCGUGUGCGCCCGCGCUGCUCGCACGCUCCAACUGCGCACGGGCCAAUUACUCAAGUGCGCUUCCGUCCAUCUAUCGGUACUUUCCGACCAUCACGGACGGCGGCACCAACAUGUACGCCGACUAUUGUCCGCUGAACGCAGGGUACACGAGCGGCGACUGCAGCUUCACAUCGAACCUGCUCAAACUGCCGUGGAGCACGAUCCCGGCGCUCGGUGAAGUCUACGGCACUGGAAGUCGGUGCGCCCUCACGACGCUGCGGCAGAGCGACAUGAAGGGUGCGACUGUGACGGGCCGGUUUGCGGGCUGCUACGCCAUGCGCUGCAAUAUGUCUACGACACCACCGACGGUCCUCAUCACGGUGGCGCAGACCGCGACCGUCUCGGUCGUUGUCACGUGCUCGGAGAAAGGCCAGGCCGUUGCGGUGCCGGGGUUCACCGGCGCCAUCUCGUGCCCCGACCCAUUUGUCAUUUGCGACCUCGGCAGCUGCACACCGAGUUGCAGUGAUACGGCCAUGUGCAUCAACGGACGCUGCGUCUCGGCGACGACGCCGCUUCCAGUGUCGUCGACGCCGCCGGCGACAACGACGUGCGGACCUGCGUCGACAUCGAUGCCGGUGAGCGGCCCCGUGCCGGCCAGCGACCCAACGCUGGGCAAUACACCAACGCCCGUGACGACGCCGACGGGUGGUAGCAGCUCGGGCGACUCGGACGUGCCAAUUCCGACAUUGCCCGUCACGCUCGACCCACCAACGACAAAUACGACGUCCACGCCACUGGGCGAGACGCUCCAGACGGGCAGCGCGUUUCGCACAAAGUUGUCUGCGCUUGGUCCUCUCUUCGCCCUCGGUGCCUUUUACUGGGGCCUAUAA